UUUUAUCGUUCUAUUUAACAGAAAAUAAUAGCAGUGCUGCGGUGAAAAAAGAAUCUAAAAAUAGCAGUUGCAAGGAACCCUCCUCCUCCUUCUUCUUCUUCCACAUGGUUCUUUGAUUCACAAAUCGAACUGCAGAAGCUCUAUAGCUUUGAAGUAGUAGAUGGAUCGUCUUACACUGGGUUCUUAACAUCUGAAUCAGCAUUGAAUUAUGAAGUAGUUCAUCUGAGUAUAAUGCCUCUGUGAUUAUGCUAGAAAUAGAAAGAAAAAUUGAUAUUUAUUGAGCCAUUUGUUCAGUUAUUCACAUUCAUCCUUUUUCUUGAGUGGGAUUUGCCAAAUUUUGAUAUUUGAACUGUAAAUGAUAUCGACCUUUUGACUUGGUUGUCGACAAUGGCUAGACGUCACGGAUGGCAACUCCCCGCUCACUCCUUUCAGGUUGUGGCUAUAACAGUUUUUUUCUUGUUAUCUGUUGCUUUCUAUGCUUUUUUUGCUCCAUUUCUUGGGAAAGACAUCUACGAGUACUUUGCAAUGGGCAUUUACUCCUUCCUGGCACUGUCUGUAUUUAUACUUUACACAAGGUGCACAGCUAUUAAUCCUGCUGAUCCUGGAAUUCUCAUUGAAGGUGAUAAGUCAUCUACUUAUCGAUCACAUAAUGGAACAGAGGUGCCUGAUAUAUCUACCACUGAGGAUCCAAGCAAGAUGGAAUUAAAGAAUGGAGAAAUAUCUCACAGGCAUGAUGCAGGAUGUUGUUCGAAAAUUGGAGGCUUUCUUUGUUGUUGUCUUGUGACAGAAGAUUGCCGUAAAGAUGAAGAUCAUGUAGCAGAGCAAAAUGGUGAGGAGGAGGCUUUAUUCUGCACAUUGUGCAAUGCUGAGGUGCGCAAGUUCAGCAAACACUGUAGAAGUUGUGACAAAUGUGUUGAUGGAUUUGAUCAUCAUUGCCGAUGGUUGAAUAAUUGCGUGGGCAGAAAAAACUAUAUCACAUUUGUGUGCUUAAUGGCUGCAAGCCUUGUUUGGCUUGUUUUUGAAUGUGGGGUGGGCAUUGCAGUCCUUGUUCGCUGCUUUAUUGAGAGAAAGGCUACAGAGAAUCAGAUAACUGCAAGGCUUGGAGAUGGAUUCUCUCGUCCGCCUUUCGCUACAGUAGUGGCGCUCUGUACAGCUGUUUCUUUGCUUGCAAUGGUACCUUUGGGAGAAUUGUUCUUUUUCCAUAUAAUCCUUAUCCGAAAGGGUAUCACAACAUAUGAGUAUGUUGUUGCUAUGAGGACUCAAACUGAGCCUCCUGGACCUUCUGUAGAUGAAGGAGAUCAGCAAAGUUUGCCAUCUUCACCAACGAGUUCUGCUGUUACUGCCAUCAGCGGAAGAAGCUCUGUUGGCAAGGGGCUGCAAUAUAAGGGUGCUUGGUGUACUCCCCCUAGAAUAUUUAUGGAUCAUCAGGAUGAAAUUAUUCCCCAUCUUGAGCCUGGACGUCUACCUUCCACAGUCGAUCCAGAUGCUGUGCAAGCUGACAAGGAGAGACGAGGACCACAGCGUCCAGUCAGAAUCAGCGCGUGGAAGCUUGCGAAGUUGGACUCUCACGAGGCUAUUAAAGCUGGUGCAAAGGCCAGAGCUUCGUCAUCUGUUUUACGUCCAAUAAGUUCUAGACAUCAUAAUUACGAUGCUGAUCAUUUAUCCAAUACCACCAUGAGUGGUAAAAGCUCUCCAACGAGUACAAGGCAAGGAUAUUACGAGAGUAAUGCUCGAGCAGGGGCAUCAGUGUUGUCCCCAUCUAAAACCUCAUAUCCGCCUAGUCAAGCUAGCAGGGAUGACAUUGAUACACGUGGUCACAGCAUAAGUAACUUAAGCAGUCCUCUUGCGACAAAUCUCACUUCUUCACCCGUUGAGCAGCAGCAUUCUUCAAACAUAGACCACUUUAAUCCGAUAUAUCAAGAAUCAGCUAAUCAAUCUCCUAGGUCUGCAAAAGCAAGUGAAAAAAAUGGAGCUUCUAUUAGCGAUGACAAAUCUGGGCUGCCCUCGAGGAAAAACAAUUUGGGUAUUGCUGAAAAUGUGAAAUCAUCAGUAUUUUGGGAUCCAGAAGCAGGGCGCUUUGUUUCUGCUGCCACCCUAAAUGUUGGUUCAUCAUCUCAAGCUACUGCUGCUGAGCUUACAUACGCAGGUCAAUCUAUAUUCUUUGGAGGUCCUCUCAUGAACGAACAGCUGAGCCGAGGGGCUAGAACUGGCGCCUCAUUGCCAACCGGUCCCCAGAGAAGUUCCACGUCAAGUUACUAUCAACAGGGUAGAUCACAGAGGGGAGGUCAGCUUCCUGUAUUUGUCCCAAGUGAUUCCCAGCAAAACCAAUUUUCUUCUCGAUUGCAAUAAGAUUUUGUAUGAGACAUGAUAUGCUACUCUACAAUGGAGUUUAUGUUUGCAAAUUUAGUUUCUUACAUUUUUUGAAUUUCCUUCACCUCAUUUGUGUAAAUUUUACUUUUGGGCUCUUCUGGUUAAUGCAACCCAAUCAAGCAUCUUAAAAGUCCGA